CUCUUCGAAGGGCGACUGAGGAAAGAGAAGGCGGCUGCGGCCUUUGAGAAGUAGACGUAUUUGUGGCUGGUUAGAAUUCCGCCGAGCUUCGAAUUCGGCUAACGGAUUAUUCCUCCGCGCCGUUUGACGAUCUUCUCUUGCGAAUCCGGCAUGACGUACCCGGCGUUCGGAGCGUAUGGUGCUUACCAUGGUCAGAUGCCAAUGCAAAUGGCAGUGGGCCAACCGGUCCCUAGAGGGGUACAAACUGUAGCCCAUGAUGGAUCUCCUGGAUAUUCUGUUUAUUCUGGUGCCUAUGCUGGUGCUGCCGUUGAUCCCUUGUGGGCAUUCUUCAGUGCUACUGCUGGACAGGAUGGUGAAGUGGAUGCGGAGGAAUUACAGAGAUGUCUAACACAGUCUGGAAUCAGUGGAACUUAUUCUCCAUUCAGCUUGGAGACCUGCAGAAUUAUGAUAUCAAUGUUAGACAGACACAAUACUGGGAAAAUGGGAUAUAAUGAAUUUAAAGAACUUUGGGCAGCUCUUAGUGCCUGGAAACACAAUUUCAUGUUGGUUGAUCAAGACCGAAGUGGAACUGUGGAAUUUCAUGUGCUGACUCAAGUUAUUGUAGCUAUGGGUUAUAGGCUAAGCCCACAGACUUUAAUUGCUAUUGUAAAACGUUACAGCAAGAAUGGCAGAAUUUUUUUUGAUGACUAUGUGGCUUGCUGUGUGAAGCUUCGUGCUUUAACAGAUUUCUUCAGGAGAAGAGACAGCAUGCAACAGGGCAUUGUGAAUCUUGUGUAUGAUGAUUUCUUGCAGUGUACCAUGGCUAUCUGAGUGCCAGCUGUGGAAGGAAACUCCCAUGCAUAAUUUCAUCUACAUAGGAAUUGCUGUGAAAGCAAGGCUGUCAUUGAUUUUUCCAUAUUUCUGCCUGUUAAUGUAUCAUUUCUGACCUUUAAUGUGUAGUUUGAAAUAAAUAAGUAUACAGGUUGUACAAUAAUUCUUAGACGUGUCAUUCUUUAUACAUAUGGAUGAUAGUCUUUUUUCUACUUUGAGUUAUGCUUUUAGGCUGGAUAAAAGGAAACAAUCACAUUUCAUGUAAUGAUUAUAAACAGGGCAGGCUGCAUCUUGUGAGAUCGUAAAUGCCUAAGAAAUCAGGAAGCCACGAAUCAGUGGCUAUCAAAAGUAUGUAUAAACAUUUGUAUAUUUCUCCUGAAUGUUUGGUAAAUAAUUUGAAUGUAAACUAGAAGAACAUGGUCAUAGUGAAGAGUAUAUUUUAUGGUAAUGAAACAUACCUUUUUUCAAGUGGUUUAUUCUCUUGACAUAAUCUUCAGAAGAAUUCAUGUAACUACAGAGUUGUCAUUUCCCCAUGAAACUUAGAUCUUUAAGGCUCCUAAAAGGGGGGGGGAUUGAAAUUGGCUCAUUAUUAUCACCUAAAACUCCAAGAGCAGGUGAAGAAUCCAAGAAACAAAUGCCUGAGUUGAUGCUCCCUGUGCUUUUCUGUACAGUGGCUACUGCCUGAAAAUAGAAUCAUGGAUGUGGUGGGAAGCUGUUAAAGUGAAGCAGCUCCUCAUAUUGUAAUAGUUACAUGCCUGUUUAACAGCAUCGGCAGAUCUCUCCCUCUCCCCCAGCAGUAUCUACUUGGUGAGUGGUGUUGGAUAAACUGGGCCUGUGGCAAAUCAUUCCUUUAUAUGUUUUUAAAAUUCAGCUGCUGCUGCUUUCUAUCCCUUUGUAAUUUGUACACUGCAAUGAAACAUCAAAGUUAGGCUGGCAUUGCAGAUAACGGUCUUGGUUUUCUAGCUUAUGGGUUAUUCCCAUGUUUUGCAGAUUUAAACAUUUUCCUUCUGCGUAGACAACUCAUUAUGCAUUGUGCAUAAAGCAUAAAAGCUUUGCUAUAGUGAGCUGUUGGGUAGGUUCUGCUACCAAAGGUGGGUGGAGAGAGAGCAUAAAGUCCGGGUAGCACUUCAUCAUUAACCUAGCCAGUGGGGGCAUUUGUUACGCAGUGCUCCCCAUGCUGCCAUUUCUUGGUACACUGAAUAGCAUGAUGCAGUUGCACGGUCUGAGCACUUGGUAACAAGAGGAUAUACAGUAUUUACAUGGCAUCAGAGUUCAGUAUCACAAGUAAAAGAUAAGCCAUUUUGUUUGAAUUUGCUCUUGCUGAGGAAGAUAGUUUUUAGUCUAGAAUCAAUAAUGCAUCUGUAAAACAUUUCAGUUAUUUGUGUCAUUCUGCAUCUCCCUAUAUAAUUACGCCACUAUAUUUAUCUCCUUUAAAAAUGAUUAUCUCUGAAUUCCUGUAACAGUGGUGGUAUCAAAUCAAAAGUUCUGAAAUCACUGACACUAUUCAUGUGUAUAUUUUGUGUUCACCAUUGUCAAGUAAUAGCUGUAGCUUAUUUGCAAUCUUCUAUAGAGAUUUUUGUACCUUUUGAAAUGGAUACUGUUCUAACUGUAAAAAUGUUCUUGUUCUAUUUUCAGUGCCACUCCAGGCAAUUGUUUGGAAAUAAAGUUGGAGUUUGCUUUGUA